UUUAUCAUUACUGUCGGUUCUCAUUUCUUCUCUUUUCUUUGCAGCCCGCUCGUCAAGGGAGGUCCCUACAUCAGCUUCACCAUGGGAUCGACGAGGAAAGAUCAGAGUGGAAUUACAUCCAGUGAACGUGGAAGUACUUUCAAUUUGAACCGCAACAAAGCUCAUGCCUCUGCAGGAUCCGAUCAGGGCAAAUCAGCAGGAUUUCCAGACUUCCCGAAGCCAGGAACUGAUGCAGAAACGGGUUCUUCCGGCUUCAACGCAGGUCCUUCUAAUGUAAAACCAGGAGUUGAAUACGCUGAUGAUAAACCAGGAGAUUCUACUAUUUCGAAUGAAAAACCUUCCGAUUCUUCUUUCUUCGAUGCAACGAAAUCUUCGGAAAACGAAAACUCGGACUAUGACUCCCUCAAACCGGAUUCUCAGGACAAAUCAUCGUUUGAUUCGGAUUCAUUUUUCGACGAAACCGAAUCUUCAGAUACCGAUCGCUCGAGUUUUGAAAUGACGAAGCCAGAUUCCAAAGACAGGAAAUCUUUUGAUUCAGAAAAAUCUACUGAGUUCAACGGUGCAGGAUUCGAAUCUGUGAAACCUAUUGACAAACCUGGCAGUUCGAGAUUUGAGAUUGGCAAAGUGGAUGUGGUUAAUCAAAAGCGAGAAUUUUCCAGUCGUCCCGGAAUCAAGCAACCCUUUCUUGGAGCUCACAAAUCUCCUUCCUCCACUGAUAAACAAUUCUUAGCUGGUACUCCAAAGAUCAAAUUCGUGAUGGGACGCCAAGCUAGCGGUGGACUUACAGACAGUCUGGCCAUCCGUUACCCCAAACGCACCUUCCAUUCCACCCUCAGGGACCGAAUCUUUUACCUCAGCGAGGGUGGUGAGGGUCCUGCAUACGAUUACUCGUCCGUUUAUGGGCCUUCCGCGUCUCUCCUGUACGACGGCGGAGAUGCUGCGUUCUUCUUAGACGGCGCUGAACCGGAAGAGGAAGUUUUUGCUUUCAAGAAGAAAUGAAUGAAAAAAAAAACACUGUCUUAUUUGUUCCUAAAUCAUAUCAACAACUUGCAUACAACCCAUUCCUAAAGCAUGACAAAAUCGAACUUUUUGGCAGUGACCUUUGUGGUUUUAAUAUUGCUGUGAGAGUUUUAAAAAAAACAUUUUUUUUUUCCCUUUACCAUUAUUUAUUAAUAUUUAUGACCUUUAUAUAUCGAUGACUUUACAUAAUGUAAAAUGAAAUUUAUUUUCUAAUUCUUUCUGCCAUUUUUCGUUACCUGUGCACAUGAUGCACUAACAAAUUCUUAAAUGGAAGCAUGAUAUGAAUGCAAGUGAAUAAAUUUUUAUGAAUUCAUUUAGAUGAAGUAAAUAAUUCGUUAGUAUUAUUCGUGAAAUGAAUCAUUCGUAAAAAGUGAAGUUUUCUAAAACUGAUUUUUUUUUAUUUAAUGUUUUAUUAAAAAUUAUUCAUUUGGCUUGGACAGAAUCGCAUUCCCAUCAUCGUUGCAUGAAAUUCCAAAUCCACUCUUAAGAGCAUUGUGCUCCUUUCCGCUGCAUUUCAGCAUCGUCCGAAGCAUUGACUACUCUGGAGAACAAAAUUAUUGCAUAGGCAAGAAAAAAGGCGAUGAAACAAUAUUUAUUGCAUUCCAUGACAGCUUUCCUAUCACCACUUUUAUGACAGAGCUUAGUACUGAUUGUUUGCCUAUUUCCUUCAUUUCUCGUAUUCUGAAUCCAUAAUUCAAAUAAAGAAUUUAUUCUAUCGAGGGAAAAAUGUCAACGAAGUUCCGGCUUUCUCUGGGAAAAAUUCAGCAAAUAUAAAUUCUGUAGUUCCAAUUUAAUUGUGUUUAAAUGUAGAACAUUUUAAUGGACGUUUUGCGUAAAUAUUUUGGUUUAAUAGAUGCUAAAAAGCCAUUUUUAAAACAUAUUCUGCAACAUUGCUCAUUUCUCCAUUGACAAACCAUCGCUACUGUAUCGAAAAUAAGCAAUAAAAUAUGAUUUUUGAAGAAAA